AGACGCGCAAGCGGUUGAAACUUGGCGGUAAUAAACUAGAGCACAAAGGAAAUUUUCUCCGAAAGGCACGGCGCUGAAUGGGCGCUCCUAUCGGGCGCCUGUUCUACGUCUAUCUCGGAGUUCCGAAGGGAACGACGGAAGCUUGCGUCGCGGACUCUGCAGGAAGCGCCGCUGUUUGUUUGGAUAUCGCCCCGUGUGUGUGUGUGUGUGUGUGUGAAUUACUGCACGAAGCAAAAGGUGGCCCUUCGUAUCGCCUGUGGUGAACGGGAAGACAUCGUCCAGAUAUGGGACAGUGCUGUGGGAAAGGGCCCAAGGAUGACUCUCAAGGCGCCAUGCCCGGGAACGUCAAUGGAGAAACCAAGACAGUGUCCACGGUGACGGACCCGUCUGGUAAGGUGAUCACGACGACAACGACGAGACGGGUGGUUUCAUCGACGGGUCAGCUGCCUGAGUUUAAGGACGUGCCACUGGACGACCAGAGCGGCGUCACUAGAGUCCGAAGGAUUGUCAAACGCACAAUCGUCCGACAGCCUGAUGGCUCUGAAAAGGUCAUUGAGGAAGUCACAGUGGAAGGAGACCCAAAGCUUUUACCAGACUCAGGGAGCGCCAAAGGAAAAACCAGCAGCACCAGUCUCCUCAAGAUCACACAGGGACCACAGGGCGGCACGGCGACUCGGUCUCCAUUAAUACAGCCACCUCAGAUCUCUGGAGGUCAAGUAAAAGCCACCGACAAGCAGUUCAGAGAGGAAUGCCUCAAGCGGCAUAACUUCUACAGGGCUAACCACGGCGUGCCUCCUCUCAAGCAUAGUGAUCAGCUCACUAAAGUUGCUCAAGACUGGGCCGAUACCUUGGCGAAGCGCGAUAGGUUCGAGCACAGGCCCAACAAUUCGUACGGAGAGAAUAUCUACAUGUCCUGGUCUUCGGAUCCCAACAAGGAGGUUCCAGGAGCAGCAGCCGUUGACUCUUGGUACAGCGAGAUCAAAGACUACACCUUCGGCGUAGAACCCCGCACCCUCGCAUCGGGUCAUUUCACCCAGGUGAUGUGGAAGGGCAGCACAGAAGUGGGCACCGCUCGAGCUCGCAGCGCCACGGGGAAGAUUCUCGUCGUUUCCAACUACAGUCCAGCCGGGAACGUUGUUGGACACUUCGCCGAAAACGUUCCACCCCCACGAAAGUGAUACAAGCUCCAUUGCCUCAUAGGCAAAGUUAUCCGGGUUUUCGCGCACCAUUUUAUAGCUUUUUCUCGAUAUAUUAUAGCAAGUUCUCUUGCUUGCGCGAGAUUACUCGCACCAUUCCUUGACAUGAUGGCAUGCGCUCGAGCACCCAAUUUGGACAAUAUUGGCAUGCCUCUUGGCGAGUAUUUCGUAGUGUUGUCGGUGCACAGUUGGAGAGAGGUUAAUAUUCCAGAGUGUAUAUAUGGUCUUUAGCGAUCAGUUUGUACGUGUUGCAGGCAACGGUUACAUUCCGCAUCAAGGGGUCAACACAGUAUUUUCCUUAUUGUACAGUAUUACGCUGACCAACCAGAAAAUUAAAGCAAGUUAUUUAUUCA